AUGACCGGUCGAACCUGGCUCGUGGAUGUCGGCGAUGCGAAUGAGCUGCAAGACCUCUCCCCGGCCUCCCUGUCUGAGGGAUAUGCGGCAGUCGACGUGGCACUCCACGCACCAAAAUGCUUAACAGGCUCCGUGUCGGCUCCAUCGAUGGAACCGUUCCAACACGUAAUGGCCUCCUGUGGUUUCACAAGCACCACCCAGCAUACCGGAAGGGCCGACCGACCUUGGGAAUAUCGUGAAGGCCUGAAGUCCAUGGUCGCCCUGGAUUUUGAAACCGCCGGCUACGAUCUCACCCGGGGCAGCAUCGAAUAUGGCGAUUAUUUCGACAAAGAUUGCUUCUGCCAUGCUUUCUCGGUAGACACCGAGAAGGAACCCUGUGGGGCACCAGGGCACCUGGAAUGGACGCAGGAGCAGCUAUGGAUACAUGUCACCUGUGGCCCGACGUCCCCACCCAGCAAUUGGACGAAUUCGCUCAAAGUCACGGGAUUCAGGUAUAUCCCUAUCGAAGACUGGCAUUGGCCACCACGUGUCAUGGAUCUACCAAGCCAGGUGGCUGGGCUCGUUCAUCAUUGCGCAACCGAUGCUUGUGGGCUCGACUCUAGUGGCUAUUGCAAAGUGAAGCGCACGGUGGACAGGACUUGCACCUGCCGUAGCAUUGACUUCGCAACCUGCGGAAGUGCAUGCCACACUUUCGAGACCCGAAUAGCCUAUGUAAAGUGGCUCCACAACCUUUGCGGCCAAGUCCAAGACUGGCAUGGUCUCCCAGAUGAUUGGCGCCAGUUGGCCGCUCCCACCACCUUGGACAUGAUUCCAUGGAAAUGGAGUAUCAGAUCGUCCAAUGAUCGAGGAAAACGUACCUCAGACCAAUGGACUCUCCGAAGCUUUGUCUUCGUCAAUGUAGCUACGCUUUUGGCCGCAUUAUACUAUCGAGAAGCAGGAAUCCAUCCAUCUAGCGCGCGCUUUCCACGGCUUCGGCGGCUUCCAUACCAUUCGUCUUGGCUCUCUACGGGGAUAUCGAUCGCCGCUCUCCACCUGCUGGCGAACUGGGUCAACGCCGUUCUGAUUCAGAGAACCCCUGGUUAUGAAGAUACUCCCGUUACCCAAUUAGUGUUUUUCUGGUGCUCAAUGCCUCGGCCCGCUUGGCUGAUAUUCUUGCUCAUUGGACUACAACCCUUCCACGCCAUCAAUUUCUUUGCAGCCAAGUCUUCUCUGUUUGCGGAAAUUAUUCUCCAGGCUUUAUCAGCAUAUUACAUGUUGAUCACCGUCAACUAUGGCCGCCAACACAACUUCUAUCUCGGGGGUCUAGAAGGCGCGAAAGGAAGUCAAUCGGCAGGAUUCAUGUAUGCUGGAGCACUAUUAUGGCUUGUUGUUACUGCUGUGGCGCUGGCUUUGUCAAUUCUGGCUACUUGUCGGAUGACUAGUGACGAUGGAGAUUGCGUAUGGCUCGGAAAGGGUUUGGAAAAUUAUUGGAUGCACAAGAGUAAUAGGAGGGAAGGAGAUCGCGCGACCAUGUAUGGCACUCUCCACGUUCAAGGUCAGCAUAUCUUGGAUUUUCCAAAAAGACUGGCCGAACUAUAUGCGCUCUUGGCCAUGAGCGCGCUCCUUCUCUGGCUUGCACAGUGGGUCUUUUGGAGCGGUUUUCUUGGUUUCGGUUCAGAACAGUACGUAUUCAAGCAUAGGAUCUGGUCAUGCAGCUAA